CAACCGAGUCGCUAGCCGGAGCAACCAUACAACAAACCUCUAGACCGCAACGCGUGACAAGUUAAAGAAUUCGGCAUCAUCCAUCAACCGCUAAAAAGUGAUUCUAAUCGCCUGUCCUGGUCGUGUCAUCAAGUUUUUUGAUUCCAUUGAAUGCGACCAAAAUACGAAAUGUUCUCCUUAUCAACCGCGCUGUUUCUGCUACUGGCAUUCUUUCAGUCGUCACAAUGCACGGACAUUAAUAACGAUUCUACAGUAAUGGAAACGGUAGGCGAUGACUCACUAGAUAAAGCUGGCACCAUCGUCGCUGAAAGUAUGGUCAGUACCGAGGACGGACAAGGCAAGCCAUCGGAUUUGGCACUUGAUGGAAAGGCAACACGUUCUCGCUACUUCAAAUCCUUCGGUGGCGCAGCAGAUCCCAAUUUGAACAUCUAUUCUUUCGGUUUGGGCAAACGAACAAGCAGGAGCAACUCGAUCAAUCCUUAUUCAUUUGGACUUGGUAAACGAGGAGGCGGUAACGUCAAGAAUUAUCCCCAGAAUCCGUAUUCAUUCGGACUGGGCAAACGUAAUCCCAUGUACAAUUUCGGAUUGGGAAAACGUGCCGACCGGGACAACGAAGUCUGGAAAAGGAAUGCUAAUCGAUUCGGCUUUGGUUUGGGCAAACGAAACCUGAAAGAUGAAGAUUUGAGCCAAUGGUUGAACGAAGAAGAAUAUUCGCAAUUCGAUGAUACUGAAGAAGAUGAUGAAGUUGAAGAAAAAGAAGAUGAUUCUCGCGAGUACAUGGAGGCCAGUAAACGAUCUUCCGGAAUACCAAUGGGACAGGCUUUUUUCCCAAGUCAUUUGCAAACGGCUUUCUACGGUGGGCCUUUAUUGCCAACUUUGGUGAAGAGCAACCAAAGGACAAUUUCAGGACUUGGCAAGUCACGCACUUUUAACCACCAGGCAACUAAUGAGAUCCCAAACCUCGGUAAACGGCUUCCGGUUUACAAUUUCGGGCUUGGCAAGUAAAGGUGCAGCGCGAAAGGCCGCUCCAAAAAAAAAAGGGAAUAACGAAAAGAUUUUAAAAAGGAAUGUUGGCCGUAUCCUAAAUUAUUAUGCAUUUUCUCUUUACCUGUAAACUGAUUUCAAAAAAUUUUUACAUAUUGAAAAGCUUGCUCCUAAACAUUUCUUGAAUUGCGUAAUAUCUGCCGACUUUCAACAUACGAAAUAUUGAAAUCAUUCAAUGUGAGAGCGAGUCUUACUUAAUACAUAUCCGACGUCAAUGUUGAAACCA